UAGGGUAAGGAGGGAGGCAAACAUGGCCGACGAGGCAGGGGAGGUAAACACAGCUGUUGAGGAGAGCGAAGCAAAACAACAGCUCGAUGAGCCCCGAGUUACUGAGGCCGAGCCCGGCCACAGCGACCUGCAGGACCGGACAGAGGAGCCUCCUCCUCCUCCUCCUCCUCCGGCGGCGGCGGCGGAGAGCAGCUGGUCGGCUCCUAUCAUGUCUCUGGCUCGGAAGGCCACGGAAACGAUCAGCAGCGGGGUGAGCUACGCUGCCGCCCAGAGGAGCCCCUCACAGGGGGAGUCCGAGAAUGAUCCCAGCAACACUUCAAAAACGCUUCCAGUUGUGGCCCCCAAAGACCCCAUGGCAAUAGAAAGAUCCAAUCUGCUCAGCAUGAUGAAGCUGAGCAUCAAAGUAUUAAUCCAGUCCUCCUUGAGUCUGGGCAGGACGCUGAACUCGGAGUACCCUCCUCUGCAGCAGUUCUUUGUCGUCCUGGAGCAUUGCCUCAAACAUGGGCUGAAAGCUAAGAAAUCCUUCAUUAGUCAGAACAAGUCCAUAUGGGGGCCUCUGGAACUGGUUGAGAAGUUGUGUCCAGAGUCUGCUAACAUUGCCACAAGUGCCAGAGACCUGCCCGGCAUUAAGACCGGUUUGGGGAGAGCAAGGGCUUGGCUGCAUUUAGCGCUCAUGCAGAAGACUGUAGCUGACUAUAUGAAAGCUUUGCUGGACCGCAAAGAUCUCCUGAGUGAGUUUUAUGACUCUGGAGCAUUGAUGAUGGAGGAGGAGGGAGCAGUGAUGGGGGGACUGCUGGUGGGCAUCAACGUUAUUGACGCUAACCUUUGUAUUAAGGGGGAGGAUCUUGAUACUCAGGUGGGAGUCAUUGACUUUUCCCUAUAUCUGAAAGACCCAGCCAACAGUGAGACACCAAAAGAUGAUGCCAAGAUGACAGCCAUAUUAGAUCAGAAGCACUACAUUGAGGAGUUAAAUCGUCACCUGAGUGGCACCGUCACUGACCUUCAGGCUAAGAUGGACUCGAUAGAGAAGACCAACAGCAAACUUGUAGAGGAGCUGACAGCAGCGACAGACAGAAUCAACUCUCUGCGGGAAGAACAGGAACAGCUACGAAAGGAGAAUGACAUCAUCUUGCAGUCAAGCCAGAAAAAGGAAGAGGCAGCCCUUCAGGACAGCCAAGUGGAGCUGGAGACGUACAAACAGACUCGACAGGGCCUGGAUGAGAUGUACAAUGUGGUUUGGAAGCAGUAUAAAGAGGAAAAGCGCAUUCGCCAGGAGCUGGAACGUGAGUUGGAGCUCCAGGUGGGCCUGAAGCAGGAGAUGGAGGUGGCCAUGAGGCUGCUGGAGAAGGACACGCAUGAGAAACAGGACACACUGGCAGCCUUGCGGCUCCAGCUCGACCAAGUCAAGACUCUUAACCUGCAAAUGUUCCACAAAGCUCAGGAUUGGGAACGAGUGGCAGAAAAAAAGCAGACCGAGGCGGUGCAGCUUGAGCAGAAGAUGGAUGAAAUGGAGAGAACCAUGAUGGAACUCGAGCAGAGACUACAGAACUCAGAGCAAGAGCGCAAACAAAGUGACCAGUCAGACAAAGACAUGAGGGUGGAGCUGGAAGGAAAAGUGGAUGCUUUCCAAAAACAACUGACUGACCUGGAUACACAAAGGCUCAGUUUGGAGAAUGAGCUGCGCACUGAGCGGGAACAGAGACAAAGCAUGCAGAAGGCUCUCCAGCAGGAACAGGACAACAGCACCGAGCUCCGCACACAGCUGCAACAACUCCAGGGCCUCCACACGGAGCUGCAGGAAUUGAAGAAUGAGAAGCAGCAGCUGCAUCAGACAUGUGGGCAGCAGGAGCAGGCUCUACAGGAGAUGGGGCAGCACCUCAGCCAGUCCAAACUUAAGAUGGAGGACUUCAAGGAGGUCAACAAAGCUCUAAAGGGCCACGCCUGGCUUAAAGACGAUGAGGCAACUCAAUGCAAGCAAUGCGAGAAGGAGUUCUCCAUCGCACGCAGAAAGCACCACUGUAGAAACUGUGGAGACAUCUACUGCAACACCUGUUCCAGUAAUGAGCUGGCCUUACCGUCCUACCCCCGGCCCGUGAGGGUGUGCGAUGUGUGCCACGCCCUCCUGCUGCAGAGAAGCUCCUCCACAGGUUCCUGACAAAACACCUACAAGCUGUGAUGUUUCUCCUACAGCUGCACAUACUCACCCACUAUGUUUUGGAAGUUAUUGAGUUAGAAGAAUGUCAUCAAAUCUAAGCAAAAUGUGAUUUGAUGUUCCAUUUCCACUGUUGCCUGAAAUUCAGGAGCAUUGGUUCAUCUGUAUUAAGUUAAGGGCCACCUUUUAACACUGAUGGGAUGAGCUGAUAUAGUUUAUGCAUACGAUGUUGAGACUUGAGUUUGCUUAGAGGUUGAAAUAAUUUAGGAUAUUUAUGUGAUUUAUGUUUGUUUUGGCUGGAAUAACAAUAAUUUGGUAAUUGACAAAUCGACUAUUUUAAAUUGUGUAGUUAUUCAAAUGGUGGUUUUACAUUACGUUGAGGUCCCAACAAUACUGUUGGUUACUGAGGAUUAUUAGUGUGAUCCUGAUGGUGAACCAGUGUACUUCACUUCCAUAAUAUUCAUACUUGUCAUGCAUCUACUAAAUCUUUACAGCUAUGGCCCCAGUGCUGUUACAUGCAAAAUCAUUGUAUAAAUGACUGUAGAAUGUUAACAAAUCUAUUUUAGAAUGUAUUAUUACUAAAGGGUUUUGUGGAUUGUGUCAACUGCUACAAAGCCAUUUUCUUAAUUAAUUUGGGGUUGCUGACCAAAAC